GAGGAGCCAUGAGAAACCAGUUUGUGAGGAAGAGACUAUUGUAAUCUACCUCAUCAUACGAGACAAGAUUCUCUCCUUGUGCUGGAACACCAAUAACUAUCAGAAGCAUAUGAAUAAACCACAGUCAUUUUCACCCAGCAGAAGUGAAUGCUGGCAUGGCAUGUGGGAAUAAGCAUGACUAUUGUGAAGUUCUUUCACAUGCAGCUGGAUAGCUUUUCAUUUACUUUCUAAGUAGGCCACUGACAUACACGCUGACUGACUUCCUCCACUUAUGAUGUGGUAUGAAACCAGAUUACAUUGACUAAGGGCAUGUUAAGAUGCUGCUCUGUAGCUGCAGUUUGUAUCAUUUUCUACUUUCUCAUUAUUAUGUCAUGUUUGGCCUGUUUUUGCUUCAAAUGCUGAAAGUAUCAUGCUCACACUCAUGUAAUGUCACGUAUAGCUUGCAGUUGUCACUGCUAUGGUUUCACAUUGCUUUCAAGUUCUUCUUCAGGUGUGACUAUAGAUGGAUGUUUUAUCUGUUUUAAAUGAUCCAAAGAGUUGGGACAAACUGGCCAACGUCUGUUCUUCCUAAGAACUUUGUCAUCAGUGAGUAAGUGUAAGAAUCCAAUACAAAAAUUCAAAUCUCAGUUUUGCUCGAGGGCUUUGUGAAGACAGUCUUAUGACUUGCUGAUUGUAAUGUUGUGCACUGAGAGUUGGCUGUUUUCAGAUGACUUCCAGACAUGAGCUGGGGUUAUGGCCUAUAAAAAGCCAUGUAUCACCAGCAGUGCAGUACAUUUGCAAACAAACCAGCAGAGAAGAAGAGAAGCCUACACUGUUCAGAGGAUUCAAGUGUGAAACAUCAUUGGAUGUUGAAAUCAGUUUCAGAGGCAUCAUCCUUGUGUCUGACAUUCACUGAGGUGCUGUGGUGUUGAGUUCCAAGUCGUGCUGUUUAGAUUUUUACCACUUAACAUGAGUAAGUAUGGUAGUGAACUGACUCAGAAGGAGAAGGAGUUGCUGAAAAUUCGUCGAGACAGUGACACCAAAGCCGCUGAACUUGUCAAGAUGGAGAAGAUGCUGCAACAGACCAAGAAUCUGUUGGACAAGAAGACAGAGUCUGGUACAGAGAGCAUGGGCUACCAGGAGAACAUGGUGGAGGACCUAGAGGAAAAGGUGCGCUCCAGUAGGCGGUACAGGAGAAACUCCCUCCAUCACACGCAAAUGCUGGAGAGCCAGAUGAAAACAGUGAAAGGUGAACUGGUGGGAACGCUGGACCAUCUUCAGGAGCUGCGGAACGUCCUGCGCCGCUCACAGCAGAAAGCAGAGGAGCGCAAAGCCGCGAUGGAGAAGCUGGCAGCAGGGCUCAGGUGAACCACCUGCUGAAACCAGGCCUCAACCUUUUCAAGCUCUGCUACGCCAACUGAAUAUCUGACCCCACAUUUUACAUCUUCCAUCCUGCUGUGCAGAGUUUACAUCUACAAUAAGAAGACCGCACCCAUUCUCUGGUUAAAUGGUAGAAGAAAGAGACUUGAGCUGCUGUGUUGGUCCUCCAUCUGAGUGAGGCCAUGACAUCCAAAAACUACAUUUUAGAAAAAGAAAAAAAGACUGUUAGACAGCCUGCUUCUGGCAAAUGAUUAGAAAUAUAUUCUUCUUUCUUUCCUUCCCCAUUUUUGCACCUCUCUCAUUAAACUCUUCUUUUGAAGGCUUGUGGCUUUGAAGGCUUUGAAUUUGUCAGUUUUUGCCCAGCACCUGCUUCUCCGUGUCUCCUGGAAACAUUCUGAAGAUGAUUAUAAGUCACUGGUGCUUAUACCACUGGUCAAGACAAAGAACAGGUUUGAGACUGAAUGUUAAAUUCCUACAUAUGUAAUUCCAUAUCUCUGUGAUGUUAUAAAAUCAUUUUACUUCUGAAACACAGAGAUUUCUCUUCUCAGAGGCAAUAAUGAAUGUGAGUGUUUCCUUUGGGUUUGUUGGAUUGGGUUGGGUUGUCAUUUUUGCAUGCUCAUCCGUUUAUGAAAAGGAAUUAUCUCCACAAUAUCAACUUUAUUUGGACAGUUUUUAUCUCCUCACAGGGAUCAACUGCAUGUUAUUGCUUCAUAAACCCAACUUUGCUCAUAUUCCUACAGUGCCGGAAACUCAA